AGCAGCAGUAGCCGCUUUAGCGGAUCCGGAGAUGGGCAGAGAGCGCGCGCGGCGCAGCAGCUCGGGAUCCACUGCCCUCCCCGCCUGCAGCUCCCUGCGCCCCCGCCGCCGCUACCGCCACCUCUGAGUCCCCGGGAUCCAGUCCCGCUCCUAGGACAGCGCCGCCGCCGCCUCCCGGCCCUGCAUGCCGCCUGCGCCGCGCAGCCCUCGCGCGCGCCCGCAUGGCGCUUUCCUCUCAGGACCGGUUUAGAAUGUAAUAAUUCAAGAAUUUUAUAAUACAGUGGAAUAGCUUAACAACUGUCUAUGUGCUUCCCAUGAUAUGUUCUCUAUAUCAAAAAACUAUGACAUCAGCAUCCAAAGGAAUUCUCCGCCCAUUUUUAAUCGUCUGCGUUAUCCUGGGCUGCUUCGUGGCAUGCCUUCUCAUCUACAUCAAGCCCACCAACAGCUGGGUCUUCAGUCCGAUGGAGUCAACCAGCUCAGUGCUGAAAAUGAAAAAUUUCUUCACCACCAAAACUGAUUACUUUAAUGAAACUACUAUUCUGAUUUGGGUGUGGCCAUUUGGGCAAACUUUUGACCUUACCUCCUGCCAAGCAAUGUUCAACAUCCAAGGAUGCCAUCUCACAACAGACCGUUCUCUGUACAACAAAUCUCACGCAGUUCUGAUCCAUCACCGAGACAUCAGUUGGGAUCUGACUAAUUUACCUCAGCAGGCUAGGCCACCGUUCCAGAAAUGGAUUUGGAUGAAUUUGGAAUCGCCAACUCACACGCCCCAAAAGAGUGGUAUUGAGCACCUGUUCAACCUGACUCUGACUUAUCGCCGGGACUCAGAUAUCCAAGUGCCUUAUGGCUUCUUGACGGUGAGCACAAACCCAUUCGUGUUUGAAGUGCCAAGCAAAGAGAGGUUGGUGUGCUGGGUUGUUAGUAACUGGAACCCUGAGCAUGCCAGGGUCAAGUAUUACAAUGAGUUAAGCAAAAGCAUUGAAAUCCAUACUUAUGGGCAAGCGUUUGGAGAAUAUGUGAAUGAUAAAGAUUUAAUUCCUACCAUAUCUACUUGCAAAUUCUAUCUUUCCUUCGAAAACUCAAUCCACAAAGAUUACAUCACAGAAAAGCUCUACAAUGCUUUUCUGGCUGGCUCUGUACCUGUUGUUCUGGGGCCAUCUAGGGAAAACUAUGAAAAUUAUAUUCCAGCAGAUUCAUUUAUUCAUGUGGAAGAUUAUAACUCUCCCAGUGAGCUAGCAAAGUAUUUGAAGGAAGUCGACAAAAACAAGAAGUUAUACCUUAGUUACUUUAACUGGAGGAAAGAUUUCACAGUAAAUCUUCCACGAUUUUGGGAAUCACACGCAUGCUUGGCUUGUGAUCAUGUGAAAAGGCAUCAAGAAUAUAAAUCCGUUGGCAAUUUAGAGAAAUGGUUUUGGAAUUAGAGCUUUCCAUCGCUUGUACACUUGGCAAAGUAUUCCGAUGCGAUAUCACCUAAGUUUUGAAGAAGAUAAGAGACGAAAUUCUGCUUUUGUGUCACAGUUUAUUUUUAUCACUCUUUCGGGUAACAUAUAUUUUGAUGGAGAUUUUUAAGAGCUCAGAAUUAGCAACCAUUCCAUUUGGUUUAAAAUUACUCUGUAUAUACCUAAUUAUGUACACUGAAAAAUAAUUUAUUCUUUGCUAUCACUUGUAGACGUUGAUUUUUCACAUUUUUGUAGUUAUUCAUAAUGUAAGUUUGUAAUCCGAUUGUUUUUUUUACACUGAUCAUCAUUUAAUCUAUUUGGGAAAUGUAGUUGCAUACCUUAAAAUAUGUAAUAUUUUCACUAAAUAUUAUAAUCUCUAGUUCCAAGUUUGCAUAAUGUAAGAAGAGCAUUUGUGAUUGAAUUUUAACCUCUUUGACUUCAAAGUUGAACAAAGUGUGUCAUUGUCUCUACUUGACAUAUUUUUUGCCUGUUUACCAUGUUUGUGAAGGCAGACUUAUUCUGUAGUGAAUAAGAAAGAUAACGAAGUGGAACUGUUCUAUUCAGGCAGAUUCGGACUUCUCAUUUAUUUUCAUUAAGCUGCAAAUGCAGCCACUUAUUCUCAUGAUCUUAAGUUAAAUUCAGGUAUUUUUAAAUAUCCAUUUUGUUAAGAUUUUUAGUACCUAGGGAAAAAAUUCCUAAUAACACUUACGAAAAUCUAAGACCAUUCUCUUCUUGAUCUUUAUAACACAUUAUAAUAAAACAAAUAUAAUUUCUUCAUAUAAUAAAAGAAAAAGAUAUGUAUAGCUACAAAUCAUAUUUAUAAAUGGCACAUUGGUGUGCAAUUUUUAAUAACAUCAACUUAAAAUAUUUUUUCUCUAGCCUCAAUAAUUAAAAGUUUUAUUUUACCAUCUGGUUAAAUAGACAUAACAUUUGAAAGAGUUUGUCUUAUCGCUUAAAAGAACCUAAAUAAAAUUAUUGUCAAGGUAGUAAAUAUAAAAUGUGAAACAUAAAAAAGUGAGGAUUUAUA